CCCUCGGGCAAUAUAAAUCCAGGACUUCCCUCUUCUCCAUCUCUUCACAGCCCUUCACUCCUCCUCGUGGUGGAACCUCCACCCACAUUCAGCCAUGAAGAUCCUCCAGCUGUUCUUUGCAGUCAUUGUCAUUCUCCUCCUCCAGGACAUUCCCGCAAGAGGCCUUUCAGAUAGCCAGCAAUGCAGAAGUAACCAUGGCCACUGCCGGAGGCUUUGCUUCCACAUGGAGCGCUGGGAAGGGACCUGCAGCAAUGGCCGUCUGCGCUGCUGCCGAUGAGAGUGGCUGCGCUGCGAUGGACCCUGGCACCCCAGGGGGACCAGCCCAGUGACCCUGCAACCACAACUGUACAUAGAUCUGCUCUCAGACACCUGCGCGCCUACACCAGUACCUUGGUUUGUGCAUCACCAAUAAACCUGUUGGGUUUGUAUGUC